CUAACUUUUGUAGUUACCAUGGUUAUUUUGUCGGUACCGGAGGUUCUAUCAAAGAAGCGGCAAGGAGGAGAGCUAAUGGACGAUGAAAUUGAGUAUUUUGUGGAAUGUGUCUGCAAUAAAGAAAUUGACAGAAGUCAGAUUGGGGCGAUGCUAAUGGCGUUCUGUCUAAGAGGACUGUCAAGAAAGGAAACUGUGACUCUAACCAAGGCAAUGAUGAACAGCGGAACAGUCCAACAGUGGGACCCCUCCUGGAAGAUGGUGGAUAAGCACAGCACUGGCGGGGUGGGAGAUAAAGUUACUUUUCCACUAGUGGCUGCGGUUCCACUGUUUGGGCUGAAGAUGCCCAUGGUGGCUGGGAGAGGAUUGGGACACACUGGGGGAACUGCUGAUAAACUUGAGGCUAUCCCAGGUUUCAAGAUAUCCCUGACUGAAGAGCACAUGAUGAGGACACUGAGAGAUGUGGGAUGCUAUAUUACUACCCAGUUUGGGAAUAUUGCUCCUGCUGAUCAGACGCUUUACUCGAUAAGAGAUGUUACCUCGACUGUUUGCUACGCUCCUUUGGUUUGCUCCAGUAUUAUGAGUAAAAAGCUUGCGGAGGGAAUAGGAAGUCUUGUAUUGGAUGUAAAGUCAGGAGUAGCGUCAACAACAGAAAGUCACGAACAGGCUGAGUGGCUAGCCCGCAUGAUGGUGGAUAUUGGACACGGUAUGGGAGUUAACACUACAGCAGUGCUGACGGAGAUGCACACUCCUAUAGGCUACACUAUCGGCAACUCCCUGGAGAUAAUAGAGUCGCUGGAGUGUAUGAAAGGGAACGGGCCGGCUGAUUUGAAUAAGAUAGUAGCAGUACAGGGAGGUAUGCUUCUUUAUGAUGGGGGUAUUGCCGAGACACUGGAACAGGGAGAGGAGAUGAUACUGAAGACUUUUAGAAAUGGAACUGCUCUGGAUAAGUUCCUGGAGAUACUGGGGAACCAAGGGGUGGAGAAGGAAACGUUGGAAUUGCUAAGAACUGGGAAGUACGAGGAGGUAUUUGCAAAACCAACAUACAUCCAAAGAAUUUUUGCUCAUCAGUCAGGAUACAUUGAGAAGGUAGAUGCGAUGGCACUGGGUACAGCUACUGUUUUGCUGGGUGGAGGAAGGCAGCUAGCUGGGGAUAAGAUAGACUUUGCUGUAGGGAUAAAGCUUCUCCGCACCAAAGGGGAUAAGGUCGAAAACGGAGACAUUCUAGCGGAAGUUCAUCACAACGGACAACUGACCACGAUGUUGCAAACUAGGAUUAAAGAGGCUUUUCUUAUUGGUGAAAACGAUGCUCCCAUCAGGAGAGUGCUAUCUAUCGUGAAGCCAAAUGCUCCAACAGUGGAUUAUGAGGUUUAUAGAAGUCAGCAUUGAGUGCAGAAAUAUUGGAAAGAAUAAAACGUGAUUGUAUAUUUCCGUACAAAGACUUCUGAUAUCACUGCCCAACAGAGAAUAUGUUGAAUUAUAAUUAAAAUUAUGAAACCGAGACACCUUAAAAGGAUAGUAGUAUAGAGUAAUUUUAUUAGUUUAAACUGCAUGAAUCCAAAUUCCUGACUUUGCUAGGAAAAAUCAAAACUGUUGACAGUGAUUGCAUUUAUUACAUUUUAUUUUGAUGAUAAAUUUUACCUUGGAUGAUUUUUUAAGAAAAAACACAUAAAACAAGUAAAUUGUCAUUUGUGCUUAAAGUUAACGUUUGGAAGAAAUUAAUAUCAGCGACAUUACAUUAUAUAUCUGAACAAAAACAAUUUAACAAAAAUAAGCAAGAGGUGAAAUUUCAAAAGAAACCCUGCAUUUGAAAAUUUAUUAACUCAGCAAAAAAACUUCGAUCACUGCAUUUACUGGAAUUUUGAAAAGUACGCAAUAUCACAACUAUUUUGUUUAAUUAAAUCUGAAGAUUAAAAGUCAAAACUUUCCGUCCAAAUCAGAGUUGAA